AUGAAAUUUGUAAUUUUAUCUUCUUUAUUAGUAGUUUGUACAUUAACUCAAGUUACAAAUUAAAUAUCAUUAUCAAAUGGGUUUGUCCUGAAUUACUAAAUUGCUUCUCCUAAUAUUUCUUUCACCCUUACUGGUUCCAACAAAGGAUAUGUAGCUCUUGGAUUUGGAGGUAGUGGUAUGGACUCUAUAGAUGUUGCUGCAUUUAAAUGGGAUGGGACAUAAGUAGUUGGUGAAGAUAGAACUAAUCUUGACAACAAAAAAAAAGUGGAUUUAGAUGUAAACAAUGGAUGUAUUAAUAACUUAACUGUAGAUCCAACAUCUACUUAUGACUCAUCAACAGGAAAUUGGAAUAUUAUAUUUAGUAGACCAUUAAACACAAACGAGCCCAAUUGUGAUUAAAUUAUAUAAGCAGAUACAGCUUAGAAUUUAGCAUUUGCUAUCUUUAAAGACUUUACUUGGUAAAAGCAUUCAUCUUCAAACUUUUGGACAUUGACACUCUCAUCAGGUACUUAAAAUGAUCCUUCUCUUUCAGGUACUUAAAAUGGUCCUUCUCUUUCAUCAUUAUUAAUCCAAUACUCUUAUUAUCUAACUUUGUUAUAUAUGUUGAUGAUUUUCGUCUGA